CAGCGAGCCAACGGCAUCGAGCGCUGGAACAUCAUCUCGAGAUGGUGGCGCCCCGCGUAACCAAGCGAGACGACGACUGUCGCCCGCGGCGCCGACGCUCCCCCGUCGUGCGUCGGCGGUCCCAUCCAAGUCCGUCGACGAGCCCUGAGAAACCACUCCGAAAGGUGCGGUCAUGCCCCCCAACCGAGAGUAGUGUGCUUGCCGACCACGACAUCGUCUCGACAUUUGUACGACUGCGCCCGUCGUCCUCCUCCGCCCCAAUUCUCGCCUGCACACAAACAACAACCAAGGACGGUGUGUCCAUCGAAGUAGCUCGAGCCACAGGCGAGAAGCGCGCGUUUCUCAUCGAUGGGAUCUUGGACGCUACCGCCACCCAAGACGAUGUCUUUGACGCAGUGGGUCGUCCGGUUGUCGACCGCCUUCUCGCUGGCAGCAACAGCAGUCUCUUCACGUACGGUCAAACCGGGUCUGGCAAGACGUAUACGAUGCUCGGCGCGGUCGAGGGCCCCGACCGCGGGCUCCUCGCCCGGGUCUUGCAGGCGCUGCUGACAAAAGCACCGGACGCUGUGUACAACGUCUCGUACUUUGAAAUCUACGGCGACAAGGUCCACGACCUCCUCGAUAAUGCGCACAGUCGCGCCAAGUGCGUGCGGGAAGACACCCAGCUGGGUACCGUUUUUGUGCAAGACCUCGUGUCGCGGACCGUGCGCUCGAGCGCCGAGGCAAAUGCGCUGCUGCAGCUCGGCGCCAAGCACCGCCGGGUCGGCAGCACGGCCAUGAACCGCGACAGCUCUCGGUCCCACGCGAUCCUUCAGAUGACGCUCACGCAGGCCUGCUUCCAGAGCGUCUUGUACUGUGUCGAUCUCGCGGGCUCCGAGACCCACACCGGCGCAAGCGUCCACGAGGCAACGCAAAUCAACAAGUCGCUGUCGUGCCUCGCCAACGUCAUCACCGCGCUCGUCGAUGUCUCGAACGGGACGCAUCGGCAUAUACCCUACCGCGACUCAAAGCUCACGUUCCUGCUGCGGGACGCGCUCACCGCCAAGACGACCAUUGUCGCAACGAUCUCGUCGGACGCACGCCACGUCACUGAAACACUUGCGACAUUGCAGUUUGUGCAGCGCGCCAAGUGCAUACGUGGCGCGGCGGGAGACGAGAGCCACCUCGGCAACAAGAACAGUGUGCAACGAUUGGCGCAGCCACAACGCCACACGCUUGAAAAGGCGACUUUGGCGCAGUCGGCGCCAAGUACGACCGACAUUGGCGUUCAGACAUGUCUGCCCGCUCUCACCACGCCCUCGAGCGCUACGACUAGUGUCGCGCUAAGUGUUGGCUUCGCUCUCUGCUUGGGCAUCCUGUGCUGGCACCGCUGGCGCCGUCGGCCGUAGCUUCUCGGAUGCACACCGCCUGGAAAAUUUCAAGUUGGUCGAUUCGGCGGGUCAACGUUCCUGAGUGCCGGUGUCGCUGAGGUACCCACCGCACGUGCACAAGAUGGCCUCGAUUUCACGUGGUCGUGAAUACAAACAAAUGAAUCGUAGCUUCGCAAGA